ACGCAACAGAAACCAGUUUUAGUGCUAUUCCUAUAGUUCAAUUUCUUUGCUUAAACUUGAUCGUUCAGUAAUUGAUUGAGAGUUUCUAGGUAAUCUUUCUUAAAUCGAGUUAUAUGAAGAGCAACCAAAUAUUACCGGUUGCGUUUCUACUGUCACAAUCAUGUGUUAACACCAGUAUUGACUAUUUACAAGUUUUUGCGUAUGUGUUUAUGAAUAUAUUCGUUUUUUUUUCACCAAGAUGAUUCAAUCGUCUCAGUCCACGAGAAGAUCUUUCCGGCGAAGCAUCGUCAGUGAAUCCAGUUUGGAUUUUGCACUCACUGAAGAACAUACAAGGUCUAGACGAAGUCAAUGAAAGAAAUUUUGGAUGUGAAGUGAAUGGUAAUAUAUAAUGCGAAGAAAUAAGUUCAAAAGAAGUUGAAAAGUCAACUAUCUUUCGCAAUGUUAAGCUGUGAAUCCAGUGAUAGUGGUUGAGUGUGAAGAUUCUGCAGUCACCCAGCAAAAAAAAAGGGCAGUGAAUUGAGCCAAAAUAGGUCAAGUGUCUUAUCACUUUGCUCACAAUUCAAUGAAACUUUGCUGAUUUUUGCUCAAUUCAUUAAAAUUUUUGUGUAGAAAAAAAGAAGUUGCAAACAAGUUCUGCCAGAACUCUUCUUCCACUGUUGACAACUUCUUGUUGUUUUUUUUUGCUGAAUUUACAAAGAAAAAGAAAUACUCAGACUGAAAAAAACAGCAACAUGACCUUCGGCCAUUUCAUUGCCAUCGUCGCACUUUGGUUAAUCAUCGCACUAAAUUAUGUGCAUUUCACAACGGAAGCUGAUCUCUAUGAGGGUAGCAUAUGCAGAUUGAAGGAUGGAACUCUUGGUGUUUGCAAAGCACAUCUCCAGUGUAUAUGGGCACGGGAGGGAUUCAAAAAUGGAAAAAUGUCUUACUCAGAUAUUGUGAGAUGUACCUUUGUUGGAAAUUCCGAGAUUAUUUGCUGUGGCGAUGAUAAACCAACAGAAGAUGACUUUACACCACCCAGCACUGUUAACAUAAAUCGAAAUGACGUGGACAUGAUAUAUUUCGUGUCCCCUGGAAAUGAGAUAAAUCUGCCAGACUUUGGUGUUGCAACUAAUCAACAAAUUUCAACAACACCAGGAUCGAGAAUUGAGAGCAAACCAAGAAAGUGCGAAGAAGCUUGCCUAAAGUUCAUGGAGAAAUACCAAACACUGACUUAUCAUAUUUUGGGUGGUGUAGAGACGAGUUUGGGGGAGUUUCCGCACAUGGCAGCCCUAGGCUAUCCAUCGGAGGAAGUUGGUUCAGAUGAUUUUCAGUGGAACUGCGGUGGGAGCCUAAUUGCCGAGAAUUACGUUCUCACUGCAGCUCACUGUGUUGCCAAUCCCGCAUCACGUCCCACCAUCGUUCGUCUUGGAAAAGUCACCCUCAAAACCAACGACGACACAGCUACACCACAAGAUAUUCCCAUCAGUCAAAUCAUCAGCCACCCGAGCUACAAGAGGAGUCGCAAUUACCACGACAUUGCCCUUAUCAGGCUGGCUCAACCGGCGGAAAUGAAUGAAAAUGUUAAGCCAGCUUGCCUCAACACUGAUAAUGAGGAUGUUGGUGACGAUGUUUCCCUUAUUGUCACCGGAUGGGGCUCAACAUCCGUGGAAAGACGUGAGCGUUCAGGUGUCCUGCUGAAGACUAACCUCACGUCCGUGGCUUUGGAGAACUGUAACAAAACAUUUGCGGAUUUGCCACCUUCAAGAGCCCUCCCAAAUGCACUGGAUGAAGGACAACUCUGUGCAUUUGACAAAACACGCAAUAACGAUGCAUGUGAGGGUGACUCUGGUGGGCCACUUCAAACAGUUGCUGAAAAUGGCUUUGCCACAAUAAUUGGUGUAACGAGCUUUGGUAUUUCUUGUGCAAGUUCAACACCAGGCGUUUAUGCACGAGUGAGUUACUAUUUGGACUUCAUAGAAUCAAAUGUAUGGCCUGAUAGUGGUUAAUAAAUUCAACGAUUAAACCAUGA